AUGGAGUCAAAUGGUGCCGGACUCCCCGAUGAGGCCAACAAGCCCCCCGAGGAUGUCCGCGCUAUCGUGGAAAAGACCGCCGGCUACGUCGCUCGCAAUGGAGCAGUCUUUGAAGAUCGCAUCCGAGAGAAGGAGAAGAGCAACCCCAAGUUCUCUUUCCUAGUCCCAGGAGAUGCAUACGCGCCUUUCUAUCAAUGGCGACUGGUCGAGAUCAAGGAGGGCCGAGGAUCAGCCGUGGCAGCAGGACGCGCAGGCGAAACAGCCGCCGAACCUGAAAAGCCCAAGGGGCCACCCGAACCCGCCGCAUUUCACUUCUCCGCGCGCAUGCCGAUCAUCAGUGCCCAGGAUCUGGAGAUCGUCAAGCAAACCGCUAUGUUUGUCGCCAAGCGUGGAAAACCAUUCAUGACCGCAUUGUCUCAGCGCGAGGCACGAAACUUCCAAUUCGACUUCCUGCGCCCCCAGCACAGUCUUUACCAAUUCUUCACUCGCCUCGUCGACCAAUACACUAUUCUCCUUCGCCCAGAAGGAAUUGAUGAAGCCACUUCGUCUAAAAAGUUGAUUGCUGAAUUGGAACGAAAUGUACAGAACAAAUAUCGCGUCAUGGAGCGCGCCACCCAGCGAGCCGAGUGGGUCAAAUUCCAGCAGAAGCAAAAGCAGCAGAAAGAGGAGCAGAACCAGCAGGAGCAAAUCGAGUAUGCGCAGAUCGACUGGCAUGACUUUGUGGUAGUCGAGACCGUGGAAUUCACCGAGCACGACGACCAUGCGGACUUGCCACCGCCAACAUCCCUCAACGACCUGCAGUCCGCCUCCCUCGAACAAAAGGCCGCCAUCUCCCUCAACACAAGGCGCAUCGAGGAAGCCAUGCCCACAGACCUCGACAACCCAACCUACUACAACGCCUACCCAGCACAACCCGUCCCCAUGCCCCCUCCCCAGCCCGCCGUCUCGCCCUACCCAGCUGGCCCCUACCCCCCACCUGGGCAAUACACCAACCCCGAGGAGGACCAGCGCAUCCGCGAACGCACUCAAGCGCGCGACCAAGCUGCCGCCGCUCAGGCCGCCGCCCAAGCCAUCCCCAGCCAACAACCGAUGCGCAUCCGCUCCGACUACGUGCCGCGAGCCCAGGCGCGCCGCCAGCAGACCGCUCAACUGGCCAUCUGCCCAUACUGUAACCAAAAGGUGCCCCAGGCUGAACUCGACGAGCACAUCCGUAUCGAGCUCCUGGACCCUCGCUGGAAGGAGCAGCGUGCUAAGGCCGAUGCUCGCAGCGCGACAACUAACUUGUCCACCGUCGACGUGGUCAACAACCUCAAGCGUCUUGCCAGCCAGCGUAGCGAUGUCUUUGAUCCCUCCCCCAUUGACCCGGAGGAAGAGGCCAGACGCAAGCGGUUGGCGGCGGAUCCCUCUGUGCAAGGCCCGCACAACCCCAACGCGCAGAGUACGAACAUUGAAGACCAGCUCCGACACAUUCACCAACUUGCGAAACAAUGA